GGCCGGCACCUGGUCUCAGUCGAGCGGCGGCUGGCACGCGCCAUGGGGCCGGCCGGGGCCGGGGUCUGCUGCAGGGGCCGCUGCGGCGCUGCCCGGCUGCUGGCGUGGUGCUUCCUACUGGCUCUCAGCCCGCACGCCCCUGGCACGCGGGGGGCCGAAGCCGUGUGGACUGCGUACCUCAACGUGUCCUGGCGGGUUCCGCACACCGGAGUGAACCGUACGGUGUGGGAGUUGAGCGAGGAGGGCGUGUAUGGCCAGGACUCCCCUCUGGAGCCGGUGGCCGGGGUCCUCGUACCGCCCGACGGGCCGGGGGCACUCAACGCCUGUAACCCGCAGACCAAUUUCACCGUGCCCACGGUUUGGGGAAGCACCGUCCAAGUGUCUUGGUUGGCACUUAUCCAACGUGGCGGAGGCUGCACCUUCGCGGACAAGAUCCAUCUGGCUUAUGAGAGAGGGGCUUCUGGAGCCGUCAUCUUUAACUUCCCAGGGACCCGCAAUGAGGUCAUCCCCAUGUCUCACCCUGGUGCAGGAGACAUUGUUGCAAUCAUGAUUGGCAACUUAAAGGGAACAAAAAUUCUACAGUCUAUUCAAAAAGGCAUACAAGUAACAAUGGUCAUCGAAGUAGGGAAAAAACAUGGCCCUUGGGUGAAUCAUUAUUCAAUUUUCUUUGUUUCUGUGUCAUUUUUUAUUAUUACGGCAGCAACUGUGGGCUAUUUUAUCUUUUAUUCUGCUCGAAGAUUACGGAAUGCAAGAGCUCAAAGCAGGAAGCAGCGACAGUUAAAGGCAGAUGCUAAGAAAGCUAUUGGAAGGCUGCAACUGCGCACACUGAAGCAAGGAGACAAGGAAAUUGGCCCUGAUGGAGAUAGCUGUGCUGUGUGUAUUGAACUAUAUAAACCAAAUGAUUUGGUGCGCAUCUUGACCUGCAAUCAUAUUUUCCAUAAGACGUGUGUGGACCCGUGGCUUUUAGAACACAGGACUUGUCCCAUGUGCAAGUGUGACAUUCUCAAAGCUUUGGGCAUUGAGGUGGAUGUUGAAGAUGGAUCGGUAUCUUUACAAGUCCCUGUUUCUAAUGAUGCAUCUAAUAGUGCCUCUCCCCGUGAAGAGGAUAAUCGCAGCGAGACUGCAUCUUCUGGAUAUGCUUCAGUACAAGGAGCAGAUGAGCCCCCUCUGGAGGAACAUGUGCAAUCAGCAAAUGAAAAUCUCCAGCUGGUAAACCAUGAAGCAAAUUCUGUGGCAGUGGAUGUUGUUCCUCAUGUUGACAAUCCAACCUUUGAGGAAGAUGAAACUCCUGAUCAAGAGACUGCUGUUCGAGAAAUUAAAUCAUAAAAAAGUCAAUGUCAAUAGAAAACUUGAAACUUUAGUAAUAACAGGACUGCCAAUCAGGGCCUAGUUUACUGUUUAAGAAAUGGGUAAAUGUAAUUAAAUAAGAAUGAUACUGAGAGUGCUGACAUUACUAAUAUUAUACUAUAGUUAAAUGACUUAAAUAUUUACCCUAGUAACUUUUUCCACAAACUCAUUAUAACAUUUUUCAUAGGCAAGUUUCCUCUAUGUAGUGAGAGCAACAUUUUUAAAUAUUCAAAACUGUCUACAAUAGUCAGAUUUUUCAUGUAUAACAACUUUCUUAUAAAAAUAUGUUGCUUUUAAAAUGUGGACUAGCUGUAAUCACUUUCUUUUAUGAUAGUAUCUUAAUUAAAAAAACACUACUACUUUAGCUUGGGCUAUGUGUGUCAGGGUUUUUCUCCAGGUGCUUAUAUUGAUCUGGAAUUGUAAAAAGCAAUGCAAACUUAGGCUGUAACUUAAUGAAUUGUGUAUUUAAACUACAUUAAGUUUAUAGAACAAGAUUAAAGCAAAACACUUCAUUUUAAUUUUUUCUUUUUAAAAUUAAGCCGUAUGUAUUUCAUGUGAGUGUUGAGCAUAGUUUAUCAGAAAAUGUGGACGAAUUGGUUGAUUGGUAUAUUAGUGACACCAAUUUGACACAAGAUUAUAGACAAAAAAGUUUCUUACAAAACAUUGUAUAACUAUUUCUCAAACUUUUAAUAUUUACAAAAGCACAGAAUUAAAAAGUACCAUGUUAUUUGAAAAUACUCAUGACAGAACAAAUCACACAAAAUUGUUAAUCUUUGUGCAGAAUUACACAAAAUCAAAUGUUCUUCUGUAAGAUCUUUUCUGAACAAUGUUCACUUUGAAAAUUGAGUUUACAUUUGGCCUAAAUGGUCUCUAAUUACAUUAAACUAAAAUUCUGUCCAUAUACCUAUAAUUUUGUGAAUGCAUUUUGUUGGUGUUUGAAAAAGAAUCAAUGGAAGGGAGGAAUUCCAGGUGCCUUAAUAUAAAAUUUGAAGCUUCAUCCACCAAAGUUAAAUAGAACUACUUUUAAAAUGCACUUUAUUUUUAUUCUGCGCAGCUUGUCUUUUAGUUUUGAUUCCUGUGCAAAUUCCAACAGAAUUUCGACACAAAUAGAAUGGACAUGUAUUUUUGUUUGCUGAAUAAAAAAAUGGAUGAAACCAUUGCAUUCUUGUACACUGAUUUAAAAUUGCUGUAAAUAUAUCCUGAUUUGUAUCGAUUCUCUUUAAAUAUAAAGUGUAAAUAAAAUAUUCCAAUAAAAGUUU